ACUGCAGGGUGCUAUAUUUUAAUAUUGAGGUUUUUAGUCUUAUUUAAUUUCAAUUCAAUUCCGUUGUUAAUACCUUCCUGAAGUUAUUUAAUGAGAAAAUAUUGUAUAGUACUAUAUCUUUUAACAAUAAUAUGAUUUAGCAUUGCUGUGCAUUGCUAUUCGAGUGAAGGUGAUUACUUUAGGAAUAUUUUCCACUUCGUUUACCGUUUCUCAUUAUUUUCCGAGUGUAAUAAUGGGUGAUAGCGAUGAUUAUUAUUAUGGUGACGGAGUCAUGGAUUCUCUAGGAACAGCCCCGGAGGUCACCUAUAAUUGGGUAGACAUAACAAGUGAUUUUUUUAAGCACAUUCAAGAUCUGCAGUUAGGUGAAUUGCUUCAUGAUGGUCACCUCUUUGGACUGUUUGAGGCUAUGUCCGCAAUUGAGAUGAUGGACCCCAAGAUGGAUGCCGGCAUGAUGUGCAAUAGGGGCAAUCCAAAACCUUUGAAUUUUCAACAGGCUGUUGCGUGCGGCAAGUUGAAAAUUGAUGACCUUGAACCCAGUGAGUUGAUAGGCAUAAUAGAUGCAACCAUGGCUUGCAUUGUCUCCUGGCUGGAAGGCCAUUCUCUUGCACAGACAGUUUUUACGAACCUAUACCUCCAUCAACCAUACUCUAUCCCAAACAAGACAUUAAAGGCUUAUUGUAUAGCUGUGUAUAAAUUACUGGACUGCAUUAGAGAUUGUAUUAACAAAGCUCAAGUAUUUGAGGAAGAGGAUUUCCUCCCAGUUGGAUACGGUUAUAGACUUGGGUCUAACCCUCAGUCUGGUAACUCUUAUGAUGCUAGUCUAGAGGUCACAGAGCAGAAAUGUAUUGCCAUGCUGAGAGAACAGGAAGAGGAAUUGAAUAAGAAGGCUAAGAGUAUUGAAGAUGAGGCUAACAAUGGCUGGGCAGCUCUUGCAGCUCGCAUAAGGUUCACUAGAAUGUUCUAUCAAGCUCUUCUAUUGAUAACGAAACGCGACUCUCAGUCUGGCGCAGAUUGCGUCGCAUUGUUGAAUGGAUGCUCUGAUAUGAUGAAAGUUAUCAUAAAAACAGCUGGAAAAGGAACUCAGCCUGUAGAAAAUUCUGAUGCACCAAAUCCAAUGGGAUUUGAGCCGAUGAUUAACCAACGCUUACUGCCUCCUACGUUUCCGCGUUAUACCAGAAUCAAGCCACGACCGGAGGCUUUGCAAUAUUUCGACGAGCUCGUCACAAGAUUGCGUCACGCUUGGAAAAUCACUUCUUGUACCAAUUUCCAUACUGCUUUGGAUUUCUUCAUGGAAUUCAGCCGUCAACGCGCCUGUAUUCUCUCGCGAUCAGCGCUUCAGUUACUAUACUUGAGCCCUUCGCCCGCAUCAAUGGCGUCUAUGGCCCAAGGUGCUUUAAACACGCCUACUGGGCAGACGAGACCACAUCACGUGUUCAUAGAGAUCUUGAGGGAUUCUGUUAAGUGUUUUGUCAACCCACCAGCGUUGACGGCUAAAUCGGGAACUGGUGCACCUCCUGCCCGCGAGUUCGUAGAGAACUUCCUGGCGCGCUGCGUGCGGCCGUUCGCCGUGCUGCUGCAGGUGUGCGGCCACAACCGCGCGCGCCAACGCGACAAGCUCGCCAUGUUGCUCGACGAGUUCGCCGCUUUGCAAGAAGAGGCGGAAAGUGUAGAUGCGUUAGUGAGUGGUGCGGCGGGUACUGCGCCGCGGGCGUGCUUUGGGACUUGGAUACUUUACCACGUAUUGCGAGUUAUGAUAGCUUAUCUACUAUCCGGUCUGGAGCUCGAGCUGUACAGUGUACACGAAUAUCAUUAUAUAUUCUGGUAUUUAUACGAGUUCCUGUACGGCUGGUUGGUAUCAGCCCUCGGCCGAGCUGAAGGCCUCUCUGGCGAGGCCGGAAGGCGUUGUGAAAAGAAAAGUGGCGCCCGAAAGCUGAAGAAACGUGCUCGUCCUUACGCUAGAGAGGGUCUCUUGUGCCAAGUACUGCAAAACAUGUGCGGGGGGUACUAUAAGGCGCUCGUGGCGUUCAAGUUACAAGGCAAGAUCCGGCAGCCGCAGUCGCAGUUCGACAACGAGGCGGUGCGCUACAAGCACCGGUUCGCGCCGCUGUCCGUGCUCACGCCGCCGCAGGUGCACUACCACGAGUUCUGCGAAAUGACGCAACCGUUACAGUAUGAAAAUCCAGUAAUUUUGUACUUUGGUGGCUGCAAGCAUUUUCAACAAGCAAGGAAUCUCCUGGAGACGAUCACAACACCCGAUCAAGAGGUCACGGAUCUAUUAAAAGUGGCAAAAACGAAUUUCAUAGUUUUAAAGCUACUAGCAGAUGGGCACAAGAAAGACUCCACAACACAACCGGAAUUCGAUUUCUCUGUGCAUAGACAUUUUCCUAUAAUCAAAUUGGUUUAAUAAUAAUCGUAUUUUAUUGACAGAAACUAGUCCUGAAUUUGUGUAUGAGAUAUAUGAAAUAUACGUGUUUUGCAAGUGUA